CAUAUAUAUUAAAAAUAUAUAAAUUGAUCAACUAUGGCCAACACCGCACAGUUAUUGCGCCGCCAAAGCUCUAGGGAUAUUGUGCUCAAGAGCCAGAGGAGCAUCGAUCAAUUGGAAUUGAGGGAGCUGCGUGGUCGAUUGGUACCCAAGGAACAUGGCGUUAGUCAUCAUCAUCACACAUCGCUCCAUCAUCAUCCACCGAUGUAUGGGGCAACGAACCAGGGCUUUAUGUCCGAUGCCUUUGACGAGUCAUCUGAAUUGGAGCAGGAUCCGCCAUUUGGAUCGGAGGCCAGUACUAGUAAGGCCAAAGCUGAGAUUGUGGCCGCCGCCACAGCGACUGAGCAGCAACAGGACUUGGUCGAAGGCGAAAAGGAGGGAGAAGAGCGUGAAAGUUGGGAUAGCAAAAUAAUGUUCCUGUUGGCCACAAUUGGAUAUGCUGUUGGCCUUGGCAAUGUUUGGCGUUUCCCCUAUUUGGCCCAAAAGAAUGGCGGCGGUGCUUUUCUAGUGCCCUAUUUCAUAAUGCUGUGCAUUCAGGGCAUUCCGAUAUUCUAUUUGGAAUUGGCCAUUGGUCAGAGAUUACGCAAAGGUGCGAUCGGCGUAUGGAGUCAAGUGUCACCGUAUUUGGGCGGCAUUGGCAUCUCAUCCGCUGUGGUUAGCUAUAUUGUGGCCCUGUACUACAAUACGAUAAUUGCCUGGUGUCUCAUCUAUUUGCUGCACAGCUUCGAAUCGCCCCUACCGUGGGCCGAUUGCCCGACACGCUUGUAUGCCAAUUAUACAUACGAUCAUGAGCCCGAAUGUGUGGCCUCAUCGCCGACACAAUUCUAUUGGUAUCGCACCACCCUUCAAUGUUCGGAGAGUGUUGAUAUGCCAGAGAAUUUCAAUUAUCAUAUGGCCAUUGCCUUGAUUGUAUCAUGGUUUUUGGUCUAUAUCUGCAUGGUCCAGGGCAUCACAUCGUCUGGCAAAAUUGUCUAUAUGACAGCCAUAUUUCCCUAUGUGGUCUUAAUCAUAUUCUUCUUUCGCGGCAUCACGCUUAAGGGGGCUGCAGAUGGGGUCGCCCAUUUGUUUACACCACGCUGGGAGACACUACUCGAUCCCGUUGUCUGGCUGGAAGCGGGCACACAAAUUUUCUUCUCUCUGGGGCUGGCCUUUGGUGGCCUUAUUGCCUUCAGCUCAUACAAUCCGGCCAAUAACAAUUGCUAUCGAGACGCCAUCCUGGUAUCGCUGACCAAUUGCGGUACAUCAAUGUUUGCCGGUGUUGUGGUCUUCUCGGUGAUUGGUUUUAAGGCUACGGCCACAUUCGAUCGCUGCACAGAGGAGAGGAAUGGACUAAUAUUACAGAAUCAUACACACAAUUUGCCCAUCUGUGAUCUUCAGAGAGAGUUGGCUAAUAGUGCCUCGGGCACAGGACUGGCUUUCAUUAUCUUCACCGAGGCCAUCAAUCAAUUUCCUGGAGCCCAACUCUGGGCCGUUCUCUUCUUCCUAAUGCUGUUCACCUUGGGAAUUGAUUCACAAUUUGGUACCUUGGAGGGUGUUGUUACUUCGUUGGUGGAUAUGAAGCUUUUUCCCAAUCUACCCAAGGAAUAUAUUGUUGGGAUUCUCUGCUUCUCGUGCUGUUUGAUCUCCAUGUGCUUUGCGAAUGGAGCUGGAAGCUAUAUAUUCCAAUUGAUGGAUAGUUUUGCAGGAAAUUUUCCAUUAUUAAUCAUCGCCCUGUUCGAGUGCCUAUCGAUCAGUUAUAUCUAUGGUGUGCGACGUUUUUCGGAUGAUAUUGAAAUGAUGACCGGCUCGAGGCCGGGCUUUUAUUGGAUGUUCUGUUGGAAAUAUUUAUCACCUUGUGCCAUGGUCACCAUAUUGUUGGCCUCAUUUCAUCAGCUAAUGACCGAGGGUAGCAGUUAUCCGGCCUGGAUUGCCCUAAAAGGUUCCACAGAAUCCAUGGACUGGCCACAUUGGUGCAUUGUAAUUGCAUUUAUGUUGAUUUUGUCAUCGAUAUUGUGGAUACCGAUUGUUGCAAUAUUGCGUGUUUGUGGCAUUAAAGUUGUCGAAGAUUCGGAUCCAGCUUGGUUCCCUGUUGCCGAACUUAAGGAGGUUCAUGGCAUUGUGCCACAUGAACCAACUGAACUGGAGCGCAGUAUAUUCUGUUUCAAUAUGGAUGGAACGGAGGGGAUGUGUUGCCCCAAAUAUGGUUUACCCGAAAAGUCGCUCGAAGAGGAAGAGUAAAUGAACUAAUUACAAAACAAACAACAACAAAAACAUAAAGUAGGCAACAACACCGAUAAAGACAAUAAAACUCGCCCAUCAGCAACUUGUAAAUAUGGAAAAUAAUAACUAAGCCAAAUCAUUCACUGACCGACUCAAAACUGAAUCAACUGAAACAGCAAUGUCGAUGCCUAAACACACACACACACACUCACACAAACACACACAAACACACCCAUG